CAAUCUCUCUCGUCGAGUGAACGAUGGUUCCCUUGGACGCGUCGACGGGCAACCUGCUGUGGAUCCUGGUGGUGGGCUUCAUCCUCGCCUUCUUCCUGGCCUUCGGAGUGGGCGCCAACGAUGUUGCCAACUCUUUCGGCACCUCGGUGGGCGCCAAGGUGCUCACGUUGCGGCAGGCCUGCAUCCUGGCCACCAUCUUCGAGAUCCUCGGCGCCAUCCUCAUAGGCUACAAAGUAUCCGACACUGUUCGGAAGGGCAUACUCGAUGUCUCCAUGUACGAAGGGGCGCCGAAGGAUCUCAUGCUUGGUAACCUGGCUGCCCUGGGCGGAAGCGCCAUUUGGAACAUCCUGGCGACGGCGUUCAGCCUUCCCAUCUCGGGCACGCACAGCAUCGUGGGCGCCGUGGUCGGCUUCUCGCUGGUGGCGCGCGGUCUGCGCGGCAUCCGCUGGUGGGAGCUGGGCAAGAUCGUCCUCUCCUGGUUCAUCUCGCCCGUGCUGUCGGGCAUCGCCUCCUCCGUCCUCUACAUGCUCAUCCAGUUCCUCAUCCUCCGGAAGGAGAAGCCACUCGAGCCUGGUCUGAGAUCGCUGCCAUUUUUCUACGGCUUCACUCUCUUCAUCAAUGUGUUCUCCGUCGUGCACGACGGGCCGCACAUGUUGAGGUUCGACCUUAUUCCCUGGUGGGGUGCCAUGAUCAUUGCUGGCAGUAUCGCUCUGAUCUCCAUAAUUGUUGUCUGGUUCUUCAUCGUUCCUCGUCUUAGGGCCACCAUUGAGAGGGACCUUUCCAGCGAUGCUGAUAACGACCGAAUAACCAUGACUGAAUUGGCCCAGGCCACCAAGGAUUUACCCAAGACAUUGACGUAUUCAUUUUCCCCGACCGACCCUGUGAGCGAUGAUGUCAUUGACACCGAUGGCAACAAGAAGUUGAGUGAAGCUGGCAUAAUGAAUGGUGGCCACAAGACCAGCAUUGAAGUUAUUUCGGGCAAGCUCCAGCACAACGAUCUUCCGAACCUGCACCCAAACCCUCACCCGGUCCAUCCCUCCCACAAGAGGCUUUCACUGGUCAUGAUCGAGGAAGCAGCUCUGGCCGUGCCUCCUAUAAAAGAGAACCACGAUGACGACAAGCCAGAGACAGCGAAGCUCUUCUCAUUCCUUCAGGUUCUGACUGCUGUAUUUGGAUCCUUCGCCCAUGGCGGCAAUGAUGUCAGCAAUGCCAUUGGUCCCCUGAUUGCACUGUGGAUGAUUUACUUUGAUGGCAAUGUGUACCAGAACUCGGAGACUCCCAUCUACAUCCUUCUAUAUGGAGGAGUGGGAAUCAGCCUGGGACUGUGGAUUUGGGGUCGGCGUGUUAUACAAACCUUGGGCGAAGACCUAACCAAAGUGACACCUUCCAAUGGUUUUACCAUUGAGAUUGGUGCAGCCUCUACAGUACUGCUAGCGUCUAAGGUGGGCAUUCCAAUCAGCACCACACACUGCAAAGUAGGCUCCAUUGUGUUUGUGGGUUGGGUAAGAUCACGCAAAGGCGUCGACUGGGGCCUUUUCCGAAACAUCAUCAUGGCCUGGCUGCUGACUCUACCAGUCACCGGAGGCUUGACUGCUGCAAUUACGAGCAUCCUGUAUGCCGCCUGCUCCCUGUGAAUACAGCGGCACCGUCGGCGGUGCCAUGCCCAAGUCACGCUGUGUCGGGCCUCAGUCAGACUCGCCACCACGUCCUAGUCUAGGCAUCUCCACAUCCACUGCUUCUACGAUGCGGUCAGCGUUGCCAUGAACGUUGCAGCAAGGUUGAAGUUGCCAUGAAUGUAGUGGCAAAGUUGAAGUUGCCACGAAUGUUGUGGCAAAGUUGAAGUUGCCGCGAAUGUUGCGGCAAAGUUGAAGUGGCACAUCGGUGGUGAUGCCUUGCGUGCAUGAAAAUUGUGGCCCACCCAGCAUCCCCGUGCUACUUGGGCUUGCUGGAAGGAGCCAAAACAAUAAGACUUUCGUAUGUCUUCUUUCUGAUCCAACCAUGCCAGCUUGUAGAGGAGGACAAACAGUGACAGCCGUGCUGUGAUGACUCUUUCAGCUGGCACGAACAAAAAACAAAUUUUCAUCAAAGGCAAGUCAUACAAGGUUGGGCAGGAUGAAUUGAGGAAACAGUGUUUGCUUCAGGCAGUGUGCUUAAGUGUCUGGAGCAACAUCUCUACCGCAGAUCGCUCUGAUGUCACUGGAGUACCAGCAAAGCUGGUGGCAUAAAGAAUACUGCGGCAAGCUGCCCCCUAGUGGACCUUUUACAAGAACAGUGUUUGUGCCAUUGUGCUUGUUCACACAGCGGAGGAAUCGCCGCAGAACUUUUCCUUUUGUUCUCAUUUCAGUAUGUGCUAGUCUUUGUGGCUUGUCGGUCGGCCUGGAGAUAUGAAUUUUGGGCAGUUUUAUCUCUACCAUUGUUGACUGUUGGCUAAAGAGCUUGUUUUGUUCAGAUUAUUCAGUGAGCCGGGUCUCUUGCAAUAACGUUCUUCACUAGUCUGCACACAGUUUUUUUACAUGAAGAUGUAGCUUUAUGGGCAUAAUAGUAAUAGCUAGUCUGCCUUGAUUUUAGUAUACAGAAACACUAGUGAAAUCAUUGUGCAAGGAAUUUAUAUUUACACUUCUAUACCACUGGCUGCAUCAUUUUGUGUAGUCGUUGUAAAUCACGGCACAUCUGUUGUUGAACCUUGUUUGUUCUUUGAAUGUCAGUUAAGAAAAAGCGGUUGUGAUGGGAGACUGUGACCUCUGGUAUGAAAGCUAGCUCAGAGAAAGUCAAAUGAUGCUAUCAACAUUAAAAAGCUCUUUCUUUUGUAUAUGUGUGCUUAAGGUAGCACCUUUAUGCUCCAUGAGCCAACUUCUUGUCUGAGGAAACCCGUGGAAUGAAUGUUGUUAAUAAAUAUAGUAUAAUGUAGAGUGUGCAUGUAAACCCAUGGUAUAAAUCGAGUCAGAUAUGCUUGCCUAUACACUCAGUCAGGCUGUAUUUACUUCCGAGACAUUUUCAAUAUAUCAUGAUGGUUGAUAGGAUAUAUCAGCACACAGUUGCUUUCAUGUACAGUGAAUUUUAUAGUGCACAGUCAGUCAAGAACUUUAUUAAAUGGUCCUGAGGAGUUUAAGCCACCAGGGUUUUUCUAGUUCAUUGUGCCUUGUUCAGCGUGAGACACUGCGGUCUAUACAAGUCGUGUACUCAUGUCAGCCGUAGUUGUCAGCUGAACGUGGCCACAUUCUAUGUCGCUUCGCAACCACAGCCAUUUGUUAGUGUAUUUAACAACCGUGUGUUAUUCUGCCACAAAAAGCAUUUCGAUGUGUUUUUGCUUAAGAUAAUCAUUGGCCCACACAGCAUAAUGAGUCAUUUGCAGUGAAUGUGUGCCUAAGAACAUCGUCGGCGGAGAGAUCAAAGUUUGCAGUCGGUCUGGCAUGAAUGUGAACCACUUUUUGGUAACUAGACCUUAAUGGUGUUCAUGUUUUGGAAAAUGGGGAAGAAAUAUAAAGUGACUGCAGUUGCUCAUGAAAAGUGCACACACGCAGGGUUCAACAGAAAAGCCAUCUUUUCGCAGUUGAAUGUUCGAGAUGUGGCUGAUGUGACUUUGCAUGGCGUCCUUUCGAGUAUACAGGUGUUAGGUUUGCCAUCGAAGUGGAAGAAAGUUGUACAUUAAUUGCCACUUUUAAAAGGUAGUUUUUUGUCUGGUGUCCUUUAGUUUCACAGUUUGAUAAAAUGUUAGCUGCAUACUGAGCAUUCUGAAAUGGUUUGUUUGCAGCCUCUGCUUUUUAAGCAAGCAAAAAAUUUUAAGGGGGUCAUGCAAUGUUUCUUGAAUCUUCCAAGCAAUGGCGAAGUGUUGUCCUGUUGCCAUCAUAUGAAUGAAUUAGCUGUGUUCUAACUUGACUCUUACUUACCACAAUUGUCAUCAAUAGUGCAUCGAGGCCUUGAUAGCUGUUUAUUACCUAAAUGCUAUUCAAAUGAAUUUUUUCGUAAUAUUUUUGUAAUGUGCAACCGCUUAACCAUGUAGCUUUUUUGAGCUUAUACAGAAGAACCUCCAUGGUCGUAAAAUUUAUUAGGGCAGAUGAAAGAUGCUUGUGGUGAAUGGAAAGAAGGCAACAUUGGUAGGUAUGGGUGGUGUUAGUUUGAAUGAAAUCUUGCAUUAAUGAUAGCAGUAAUUAUGAACGCAUUCCGUUGUGUGCAUUUGCCAUAGAGCUGGAGUAACAAGUAAUGUAGUGUAAACUUAAAACAUAUUGAUGCAUAAUAAUACGUACUCGUCUCACUUAGUCACAAAAAUUUUAAGCCUGCAAAUUCAGGCAUAAUUUUAAUUGUCAUUCAUUGUUUAAAGCAAAAAAAUUAUGGCUUCUGCUGUCCCCCCAGAAAUAACAGCAUUUUCAUGUAUGUGUAGUGCCAGUCGAUUUGCUUUACUCUUUAAAUAUGUUUUUAAUUAACACUCAUGAACCGUGUGCUUAUUUUUAAUUUUUUACUCUCACUGCAUUUUCUGUUGUUGCUGUGGUAAAGGUAUAAGUUAUAGGAUUUAGAUAUGGUGGGGAUUAAUGGAAUGUCGUAGAUCUGGGUUUUUGAGAGUUUGCAGCCCAAUUGCCAAGUUUUAAACGAUUCACAAUAUGAUCUGCAUUUUUCUACAGUUAGGAGAAAAAAAAAUUUUUUUUACAACUUCAUCUCUAAUUAGCAGAACCUGUUUAAGGGAAUCACUCUAGCAUAUAAGGUUUAGGUCGGGGAAUUACAAUUUAGGUCACUGAAGUUUAAGGUAAAGGGCCCAGCCCUUUUCGAUAAUAAAGCUCUUAAGUCACAUGUAGCAUUUGAUUAAAGCCUGCCGGGUGAACAUGUCUGUUACGCGAGUGUUUUUUAGCACUCCCGGUUUAUGACGCUUUUAUUAUAACUACUUAAACAGCAUGAAAAUUGCAACCUAGAUUAUAAGAACCCACUGAAGGAACUUUUAGCUGCUUUUGAAGUUCUGGAGACCUAAGCUUUCAGCGCGGGCUCGUUGUGUGGUCAUUGUCAGCUGUUCCCUCGGGCUCGGCAUAAUGAGACUGCUCUGUACUCUACCUCAAUGUAGCGACAUAUUUUUGUAUAUUGAAAUUGCUCCUAAUAACCAGCACAGCUUUUGCUUUCACGAGCCUGCUGCCGCAUCAUUUUCCCAUGUUUCUGGGCCCUGCGUGGUCUAGGACAUUGCUAAACUGGCCGAUGUUUGAGGAACGUUAUCAUCAAAAACUGACAGAAAAAUAUUGGUGACGUUGCCAAAUGCGCCUUUGAAGGCUUGGAGCAGUUUUCUUCAAAAUGGGCUAUUUACUGAAGUACAAGUUUAUAUAUAACUAAAAACAGCAUACUGCUUUGUUAACUUGUAAAUAGCACUGCUACUUUUCUUAGAUGCUAAACAUUUCUUGGGGACCUUGAUGUGGUCACUUGUGUGCAUAUUGAUUCUUUAUCAUUAAGUCAGCUACUCUUUUGUGCUUGAAUUUCAAUUGUUCAUAGUUCAAGCUUGCUAUUAGUCACUUUUUUUUUUUCGUGUUCGACAUUUUCGCAAGUUGAUUGCUCAAUGCAUGUUUUUGUUAUUCCUGCUCUCGUUGACUGUACAUCUUUUUGUGUGUUUUUUUUACACUGCUGUUCUCACGCGUACAGUAAACCUAAGCUGCUGAGGUCUGAAGGCAUUGCAUUUUAGUCUUUACUUGGAAUGGAUCAUUGCAUUGCCAAAGCAAUUGUGUACAGGGAUAAGUAUUAGAGCUAGAUGAAAUUGCUGGAUCUAAUUUAUACCUUGAGGUAGCUGCAUUUUAUCAAUAAGCUGCAGUUUAUUUCUGAAUCUGUUAGCUCUUGUUUUGAAGUUUACAGUGUUUUCUUUUUUUUUUUACCUUCCAAGAGAACGAACCUUUCUCUCAAAUUGGCAGUGCAAGACAGCUUGUGUUAGUCCUGCAUACCUAACAGUGAUGGUUGCUGCCAAUAACACGAGUAUUUUAAUUUUGUUUUAAAAAUACUGUUUUUAAACUACUUAGGUGCAGUCUGUGUGUGAUUCAUCAGUCCAGUUGGCGCUAAUCGAAAUGUGCUGUACAUAGCUAGGGAGUUUAGCUAUUUGGUUGCUGUGAAACUUCUUUGCCCUGUAUCUUUUGCUGAACAUUUUUUCGUUCAUGCAGAGAUGAAAUUGUGUGACCACAUUUUGUCUAAAGUAUCAUCGGCUUGUUAUAUUGCAUGUCUGUCAUUGAGCAAUCCGCCUGCUGUAAACUGUGCUUACUUGCACAUUGGUUGGUGUAACUUACUCUGUUUACUUUGCCAUACCUAGUCUGCUUUGUUCAUAAAUCAACAUAUGUUAUUUCACCAAUUUGGUGUAUGAACCUGCAGUCGUUUCACUUGUUUGUGACAUCAUGCCCUCCCUUUGGGAAUUGUGCCGAAUCUACAAGAUACAUGAGGUACUGCUAUGGUAUCAUAUAAAGUAGACUUGGUGCAUUUUUCAAAUUUUUCAAAAAAAAAAAAAGAGUGAACGAAUAGUUUGUUAAAGAACUAUUCCCAGUGAGUCUGGCCUUCAGAGCCAGCUGUACAAAUAAACUUCGUAGUUCUAUAGAA